CGCCUGUCGUUGAUCUCCGACAGGUAACAACAACAGGCAUCACAACUGUACACGUACACUACUUGUAUUUUGCGCGAUCGCAGGGACACUCACAAUACCACCCUCUCUGUCAACAUUCUACGCUGGCGCCUCCUAGUAUCAAUCCUUGACACUUCUUGCACUGGCCACCAAACAUUCAAGGCGGCCCAUUGCCCUUGAAGCAAACCAGACCUACGCACGCCAUGCCUAGUCCCAACGAGAGAGCAAUCAUUAGAGAAGUCUGGGCUGAGAACUUGGAGCAGGAGAUGGCGCUCCUGCGAGAUCUCGUAGACCAGUACCCGUAUCUUGCCAUGGAUACAGAGUUUCCAGGUGUAGUUGCCAGGCCCAUCGGCAACUUUCGUACCUCAGCCGACUACCACUAUCAGACUCUGAGAUGUAACGUGGAUCUUCUUAAGAUGAUCCAGCUGGGUGUCACCUUCGCAGAUGAGAACGGAAAUGUGCCCAAGGACGCCUGCACCUGGCAAUUCAACUUCAAGUUCAGUUUGGCCGAGGACAUGUACGCACAGGACUCGAUUGACCUCUUGACAAAGUCUGGCAUCAAUUUCCAAAAACACGAGGAUUAUGGGAUCGACGUUCACCACUUUGGCGAGCUCCUGAUCAGUUCUGGAUUCGUACUUUUGGAUGAAGUCAAGUGGAUCUCAUUUCACAGUGGCUACGACUUUGGAUACUUGCUCAAAAUCUUGACAUGUAGUCCUCUGCCAGCAGAAGAAGUCGACUUCUUUGAUUUGCUGAGGACAUACUUCCCUUGCAUAUACGAUAUCAAAUACCUGAUGAAGAGCUGUAAAAAUUUGAAGGGCGGUCUUCAGGAGUUGGCGAAUGAUUUACAGGUGGUCCGCAUUGGAGCACAGCACCAGGCAGGAAGCGACAGCUUGUUAACGUGCUCCACCUUUUUCAAGAUGCGUCAGAUAUUCUUCGAAGACAAGAUUGACGACGCCAAGUACCUUGGAUAUCUUUACGGGCUUGGUUCAGCAGUAGGUUCGACUGCCACACAACCAAACUCGAUCGCUACAUUCAAUUCGGCUGCAGGAAAUGAUAGCCCACUCAUCACAAACCAGUCUGCAACACCAAACGGCAAGCCCAACAGUUAUCAAAAGUCCGUAAUAAACAUGAACUAGUUCUCGCCCGCCUGGCUGCCGCCGUUGUGACGUCAUUUAGAUUUUUAUAAACAAGCCACUAAUAGAUGGAUGCAGAGGUCCCUAUUUGAAUAGGGUGCAAGCUUGACAAC